CAUCCCGUCCCUACGCAGCAAGGCUUUAAGGUUUUCCCCAGAGCACUUACAAGGCAUCCCUGGAAGAGGAGGUGCAUUAAGGAGAGAGAGGAGGAGGAGAACAGUUGUGUUUCAGUGUGUCCCCUGCUAGCAGCUCAAGGACCGUUGGCAGACCUGGAGCUCAGCUGAAACGUAUUUAACCCUGGAGGAGGACUGUCCUGCAGUGAUUUCGUGUUUUGACUCUCUGCUGAGGGCUCAUAUUUGUUGACAUAAGUGAACCUGUACGUGUAGCAGCAGCCCAUCCAGGAGGUUCCUUUAGCUCUCGUCCUCGAGUUCAAACGUUUUUUUUCCAGACUCCAGAAGGCAGAGGAGAGAUUGAAGUGCGUGGAAACCAUUACCAGAAUCCAAGAAGCCAGCAGAGUGACUUUCGACAGAAGGUCAAGACAAAACGUCCCUUUACAGACAGACACAAGGCCCAUUGUCCCUUUUGGAAGCAGAGGAUAAGUGAGCGAAGUUCACAUAAAUACAGGAAACCCCUAAAGCCAUUCCAAGGUUUCAUUUGAAGGAAGCCCUAGCCUUACACACAGAGGGGGCACAAGACACAAACACAUCAUUUAAGAUACCACCUAGCUCCCUUCCCGUUCUUCUAGUCCAUCAACAUGUCACGGUGGGGGAGGAAGAAUGUGAAGAAGACUCCUGAGGUGAUUCGCACUGUGACCGAGGGGCUCAAGUCCCUGUACCGGAAGAAACUGCUGCCCCUGGAGGAGUACUACGGCUUCAAUGACUUCCACUCCCUCAGCCUUGAGGACGCAGACUUUGACAACAAGCCCAUGGUGCUGGUGGUGGGUCAGUACUCCACAGGAAAGACCACCUUCAUCAAAUACCUGCUGGAGCAGGAUGUCCCAGGUAGCAGGGUGGGGCCUGAGCCCACCACUGACUGCUUCACUGCGGUCAUGCACGGAGAGGUGGAGGGGGUCAUCCCAGGCAACGCUCUGAUCGUGGAUCCCAUGAAGCCCUUCCGCAAACUCAACCCCUUUGGAAACACCUUCCUCAACAGGUUCCAGUGCGCCCAGAUGCCCAAUCAGGUCCUGGAAAGCAUCAGCAUCAUCGACACUCCUGGCAUCCUGUCGGGGGCCAAGCAGAGAGUGAGCCGAGGCUAUGAUUUCCCGGCCGUGUUGCGCUGGUUUGCUGAGCGCGUGGACCGCAUCAUCCUGCUGUUCGACGCCCACAAGCUCGAGAUCUCCGACGAGUUCUCUGAGGCCAUAGGUGCACUGAGGGGCAACGAGGACAAGCUGCGCGUGGUGCUGAACAAGGCAGACAUGGUGGACACCCAGCAGCUGAUGCGCGUGUACGGAGCCCUCAUGUGGUCCCUGGGAAAGGUGUUUGGCACCCCGGAGGUCCUUCGAGUCUACAUCGGGUCCUUCUGGUCAGAGCCACUCUUGGUCCCAGACAAUCGCAAGCUGUUCGAGCUAGAGGAGGAAGACCUGUUUACAGAUAUCCAGAACCUUCCCCGUAAUGCGGCUCUACGCAAGCUCAACGACCUGGUGAAGAGGGCACGGCUGGUCAGGGUCCACGCCCACAUCAUCAGCCAUCUGAAGCAGGAGAUGCCCUCAGUCUUCAGGAAGGACAACAAGAAGAAGACCCUGAUCUACCAGCUGCCCGUUAUCUUCUCCAAGAUCCAGCUGCAGCAUCACAUCUCCCCUGGAGACUUCCCAGACUGUGCCAAGAUGCAGGAGCAACUGCUGGUCCACGACUUCACCAAGUUCAAGACUCUCAAGCCCAGCCUGAUGGCGGCCCUGGACGAGCUUUUGUCCACCGACAUCUCCAAGCUGAUGCCCCUCCUCCGUCAGGAGGAGCUGGAUGCUGGGGAGCAGCUGGGGGUGCAGGGAGGGGCGUUCAUGGGGACCCGCGCCGGGCCCUUCAUGGAGGGAGACCCCUUCGCCGAGGAGAACGGGCAAGGCGGCGAAGAGGAGGAAGACUGGGUGGUGACAAAAGACAAGCCCAAGUACGACGAGAUCUUCUACAACUUGGCGCCCAACGAGGGGAAGCUGAGUGGCACCAAGGCUAAGGACUGGAUGGUGAGCACCAGGCUGCCCAACUCGGUGCUAGGACGCAUCUGGAAGCUGUCGGACGUGGACCGCGACGGCAUGCUGGAUGAUGAGGAGUUUGCCCUGGCCAGCCACCUGAUCGAGGUCAAGCUGGAGGGCCAUGGUCUUCCCCCUGAGCUGCCUAACCGACUCAUCCCACCCUCCAAACGCAGGCAGAAAGGCUCUGAUGCGUAGACUUACUGUUUAACACUGCUACUAGGGGCCUGCAAAGAAUAGCCUUCAAAUGGCUGCUAUACUCCCAUUAGAGUCUCCUGUUCUCCUUUCUAGUUACCUUGGCUUCCCCAUGCUCCAUGUUCCUUUGUCCAGGAUAGUCUUCAUAUUCUUUUGUCAAAAUAGGUUUGCAAAACCUUUCUUAGCAGUCAUCCAUUUUAUUUUUGUAGCAAACUUUCUGUCAGCUGACAGUGUUCGUUAGAAAAAGUUUAGUGCUAAGAUGGUCCAUUAGUUUAACAAGCAACAUUCCUACAAUGUUUACAUUUUUAUUGCUACAACAGUCGCAUGCAAGAUCACAUUUUGUUUGUAGAUUAAUAGCCUAUAUUCAGUUAUUCAGUCAUUUGAUGUACUGGUCAUUUCCAUGUUUUCACAUGGAUCAUAGCUUAGUUAGUUUAGAUUGUAUUGAGAAACGCAAGAAAGAAAGAAAAACAGGAAGAAAGAAAGAAAUAUCAAUUUUUCUGAUUUUGUAAUAUGCUUUGCUCUUUCAAUUUUGAGAUGUUCAUAACUCUGACAGACUGACAGAUGUUGGUUGAAGCUAUAACCUGAAUGCACUUCAAAAGGGUGUCUUGGUUUAUUCCCUUGACACACCAUUUUCCUUCUCCACAAGCAACAUAGUAUGUAUUUUUGUGUGACUCACUUUUUUUCAGUUCUUUGAGAUUUUGUAAUUAUUGCUCUUUUUGUAUGCACAAAAGCAAAAGCAGUUUUUGUUUUUAUAAAUGUAUGUCACGUGAUAUAUUAAUAUCUCACCAACUACUGUACACAGCUUCACCAACAGCUCUUAUGUCAAUUAUCAAUACCAAAUAAACUUCUACAACUGUG